AUGGGCAAAUUCCCGAGCCAUGAUGACUCGGAAAAUGCACCGAGUCAAAACCUAACAUGUUCUCGCGAGUCUACCGAGGAUAUUAUGAUGUCUACAGACUACUUCGAAAGAGAACACGUCUUCUUGUACGGGACAUUAAUGGACCCCGAGACACUUUAUCGUGUCUUAGAAUUAUCGAAUCGACCUCCUGUUUUGCGACAUGCUAGAGUUGUCAGAUAUGAAACUAAACUUUGGGGUCCAAACUCUGCCCUUGUUAAUGGAAAACCGCUUGUUCCAGUCUAUGGCAUGAUGUGUGGAAUCAGAUCGCGAAUCCACUUUGAUCGACUCAUCGCCUAUGAGACAGAUCAAUACCAGCUUCGACCUUGCCAAAUCGAACUCUUUAACGACAAUGAUCAUGUGAAGAAAAACGUGGAUGGUGUCACUUUCAUAUGGAAUGGAGAACAAGAUGAACUACGGGAAGGGAAAUUUGACUUGAAACAAUGGAAAAGGGAGAAAAUUCUACGAGAUAUAGAGAUGAAAUCGGAAUGA